CAGGGAGAUAAAGAAGGAGCAUCACAGGGCUCAUUGCACCAGGGACUCUGGCUUUUUUUUUUGGAGGGAGAAGAGAACAAAAAGUGGAACCACACCGCCAUGACAGGGAAGGAGGGAGUUGUACUUUCAGACACUGAGAAUAAACAGAAAUCAGCUUCACAAAUCAGCGUGAACCACGGGGGAUCCCAGCAGCCGCCUCCAGUCUGGAAGAUGGCCCCCACGGUGCACCGGCGCACCGGCUUUGGGAUCCAGGAGUUGCUCGGCCUCAACAAGGAGCCUCCGGCGGCACCGAGGCGGCCGCUGGAGGCUCUGCCGCACAGGGCGCACGUCCUGGCCGCCAGGUCGGCCCUCGGACACGGGGGUCUCGGGGUCGGUAUGGGUUUGCUGCGACCAGAGGGAAUACACUCGUUUUACAGCCAGCCUGCCUUUCUAGAGGUGCUGUCAGAGGCGCAAAAUGUGCACCUGCAGCCGCUGCACAGAGCGGCGCACAUGGACGCGCAGAUGGAUGCGCAGCACUCCGCCAGCUCCGAUUCUGAUGCCUUGAGUCUUUCCUCCGGUGACCAGAAGUUCUCCAAAUCCUCCCUGAGUCAGAGCAAAAAGAGAAAGAAAAGACGACACAGAACCAUUUUCACGUCCUAUCAGCUGGAGGAGCUGGAGAAAGCGUUUAACGAAGCUCACUAUCCAGACGUAUACGCCCGAGAAAUGCUCUCCAUGAAGACUGAGCUACCAGAGGACAGAAUACAGGUGUGGUUUCAGAACCGCAGGGCCAAGUGGAGGAAGAGGGAGAAGUGUUGGGGUCGCAGCAGCGUCAUGGCAGAGUACGGCCUGUACGGCGCCAUGGUCCGUCACUCCAUCCCACUGCCCGAGUCAAUCCUCAAGUCAGCCAAGGAGGGCAUCACGGACUCUUACGCUCCGUGGUUACUAGGUAUGCACAAGAAGUCAGGUGAAACCUCGCACACCUCUCCCGGAAAGCCCUGCAGCCUGACACCACCACCACCAACAACAACAACAGCAACACAGGAGAAACCAGUGGACACAGUGAUGAAGGAAGAGGAGGAGAAACAGAUGAAAGACACUAACUCACCGAUUUCUAAAGAGGAACUGAGGGAGAACAGUAUUGCUGCUCUGCGAGCGAAGGCACAGCAGCACAGCGCUAAGAUGCUCGGGACAGUUUCUGACAGGACAAGCAGCGUAACGCAUAAAGAGGAAGCUGAGGACAAGGUGAUGGAGCAGGAAACAGCAGAGGUGGAGAAGAGUAAGUGAAAAAGGCUGCAGGAUACAGACUGAUGGCGAAAUACCUGCAGAGUGGAGUUUGCAAACGUUUCAGGCAGAAGUCUUUGUUUCAUUGGUUGAGUUGAACCUUGGCGCAUGUGGAGUCACCCACAAGCUCGUUAGACUUCAUACUGCAGAUCAAACAUUAUAAUCAUGGAUAAACAAAUAUAAGCUUACCUGUCAGGUAACUCCUGCUCUGAAAAAAAUUUUCUUUGGCUCCAACGAUUUGAGGUUCAUUAACUCAACCAAUGAGAUUAUUUCUUCCUCACUGCUCUUAGAAAUAUUUGUACAGCAAACUCCCAACUACACUUUUCAUGUCACCUUCUGUAGGAGACUGAAAAGGAGGCUUAAGCAUGGAAGUGUUUCCCUAACCUUUGCUGCAGAUGUUUUGAUAUAGAGCUCUGUUUAAAAAUAUAUUUAUUUUCUUUAAAAUAGAAUGUUAACCUUUACGAUUCUCUGACAUGGCAGCUACUUUAUGCAACAGUGUGGAUAAAAAUGGUUUCUGGAAGCUAUCCUCCUUUCAACAAGCAUCUUAAGCAAGAAAUUGACUACCUGCUCCAGAGGUGCAAAUAAGGAGAUGACUGUGACCUCUGACCUCCCUGUGAUGACUGAUUUCGGUUAAAGGUAACUGAAAAGCACACAGUUGGCAUCAAGUCCUGUGAGAAGGUUACAAGCCUGAAUCUUUGUUUUCUUUCAGCUGUUGCAACAUUUGUGAUGUACAUACUGAAAAUAAUGUCCAAUAGUUAAUGUGUACUAUUAUGUACAGUUAUUUGUGUUUGUCUCUGUAUAAAUGUAACUGUAGCCUCAUUAAAAGUUACUGAUAUUUAAAUCCCCCCCCCACACACACACACACUCAAAAAUGUGUUUUGCUUAUUGUUACUUCACCUGGGCGUUUGCUCUUCUCUGUGCAGAGUGAUGUAUGUGCAGAGUUUGACACUAAAACGCUGUUUUUCACAUUCAUCUGCUGAAGGGGCAAAGUUUCUCUGUAUAUACAAGCUGACUUUGUGACAUCUCAACUAGUUUAGAAACCAGUCUUGUGUCCAGUAGUUAAUCCUUAAUUAAUAAAUAUAAGAAAUAUAUUUGCAUA